CGCGCAUCCAUCGGAUCUUGAAUGCGGUUUCUCAUCCGGAAGACGUUGCUAUUCUUGCUUUGUGGUACAUCCUUCGUCUUACACAACCCACUAAGAGUUGUGCCCUGGGCUCCUCCAACUUCACUUUUUUUGACCAUCUGGUUCGUUCUGGUGCCCAUACCUUGGACGAAAUCAUGUUUCGCACAUUUGUCACUGCAGCAAUGUUGAGUGACAAAUGUAUCAAUGAUAACUCAUUUUCAGCGAAGAGUUGGAACAAGUUAACUUCGAUAUCUAUGGCAUCUCUUAACGAAGCCGAAAUUUUUGCUUUACAAAAGCUAGAUUGGAACACGCAAAUCUCCAGUCAUGAAUGGGUGGCUUGGCUUUGGGAUCUCCGUCAAUACCAUAUUGUGGCAACUCGCCAUGAAGCUGCUGAAGAGAUAACUCGCGUCGCUGCUAACAACGUAGGACAGUUACUCGAUCGUCUCUUGCUCACCGCCAGGAUUCAUGGCAGCGGAGAGUCUGCCGUUCUCAUCACUCGUUCCCCGGACAAUGUCCACAUGUCCUCACCUGCCGCAGAACCCAGUCCCUCUAUGCUGCCUCAGCCAGCAGAGUGGUGCCCAGAGGCUGAUCCCAUUUUUCACAAACAACAAAGGACCAUCGGUGUUGCUCCUGGAGCAUACAGAGCUCAAUCGUUUCCUAAGACGACGACAACUGCUUUGGAUCUUUUGCAGUCCAUCAUUUCCGUUCCCUCUCCUCCACUGUCCCACAACUUCUCUUAUGGGACCGCAUCCCCGCAGUUCCCACAAUAUGAACACUUCGAUCAUUACAACAC